AUGGUGCAUUCCUGUUCUAUCCACACGUCGACGCGCUACUUACUGCAUGAGUCAUGCCCUCCCUUUUCCCGCCAGGUACCCGCGUCUUCCGACCCGGGCAUUCCCUGGCAUGAUAGCCCCGACCGACGGAGCGAUCACAGCCAGGAGGAGGAGAGUGAGAGAGACGAGGAAUGGGAGGAGGUGGGUGGGGAGGGCGGGGACGAGCAGGGAGAGGAGGAAUGUGAAGCAGAGGUGGAUGUAAAAGAAGACGAGGAGGAGACAUGGGAGGAUGAGAACGAGGAUGAGGAUGGGAGAUGGGAAGAGGAGGAGAAAGGGGCAGAAGGGGAGAUGGAAGGGGAUGACGUGGACAGGAGGGUUGAAGAGGGGUUAGAGGAAGGUGAUGGGAAAGGGUCGAAGGAGCGGGAGGAGGAGAAAGAAUGGGAGGAAAAGGAGGAGGAAGAGGAGGAUGAAAGGGAGGAGGAUGAGGAGGCGUGGGAAGAAGAAGGGGAUGGGGAUGAAGAGCGAGCGUGCGACGUAGAAGCGGAGGAGCGCGAGGCGGAUGAGGGGGAGCGGGUGGCAGGCGGGGGAGCCGUUGACUCGUGGCGUGCGGGUGAGGGUGAGGUGGCGAUCAACAGCGCGAGCAGGCAGCCGCACGCCGCGGAGGCAGAGGUACAAGUGGCGGGAAGGGGGGAGGCCAGGGCGGUGGAGGAGGGGGAAAGGGCGGAGGGGAGGAGCGGACGGGCAGAGGGCAGAACGGAGGAGUUGCAGCGAGGGCUGGAGGGAAGUGGUGCUGUUGGCGCGGCAGCAGCAGAGUCGUGCGAGGGCGCAACAGGGGAGGGCGCAACAGGGGAGGGCGCAGCAGCGGGGGGUGCAGCAGCGGCGGUUGCAGUGGGGAGUGCAGCAGCGGGGACGUGGCGGCUGCGGGGAGUGCGGUGGAGCAAGCGGUGGCGCGCGCUGGGCGGAGAGGCGGGUGGAGAGGCGGGCGGAGAGGCGGGCGGGGAGGCGGGCGGGGAGGCGGGUGGAGAGGCGGGCAGGGAGGCGGGUGGAGAGGCGGGCGGGGAGGCGGGUGGAGAGGCGGGCGGGGAGGCAGGCGGAGAGGCGGGCGAAGAGGUGGCAGAGCGAGCGGCGUUGGAGCUGAUGCGGGGUGGUGAGAUGUCGGGAGAGCAGGCAACGGCCACGGGAGGGCAGGGAGGCGAGCAGCAGGCGCAGGAGGGUAAAGGUGGUGCUGCUGUGGGCGGCGGUGGGGCGGCGGGCAGCGACGGAGGCACGGAAGCAGAUGUGGGUCGGGUGUCCCUGGCCUUUGCGGCCCUGGGGUGGGGUGGUGGGCGUGGCGAAGAGGAGAAGGAGGCGUUGGUGCAGAGAGGGAGUGGAGAUGCAGGGAGGGAUGUGGUGAGGGUGGCGCGCAUGGACGCCCCUCUGGACCCCACCAGUGCUGCCCUGCAGAGCGGCAUGCAGUGGAUCGAGGACACCACUCGCCGCUCCGUGACCAUUGGCGCUGACGGUCGCGUUCAUAGUGGGCCUCUCAGCGGGCCGCUCAGUGGGCCUUGCAAUGCGAUUCACAGCCUGAGCGGGCCUCUGGUGCGGGCGGGCAGUGGGCCACUGGGAGCGCGAGUCAGGAGCCCUUCAGGCAGGCUGCGCAGCAUGCCGCUCAGGCGAUGGGGCAGCGGGCCCUUGACCCGCCAAGGCAACUGGCGCUACAACCGGGCAGGCAGCGGGCCUUUAAGCCACCAGGGCAGCGGGCUGCUGAGCCAGAGCAGUGGGUGCUAUAACCAUACAGGCAGUGGAACAGGCAGCGGUGCAGGCAGCGGGCCACUGAGCCAACAGAGCAGUGGGCCGCUGAGCCAAAGCAGCGGGUGCUACAGCGGGGCGGGCAGUGGGCCUCUGGGGGAGCUGUUGAGCGGCAGUCUGAGCCAGCCGUCCCAUGAGGCGUUUCGCCUGGCAGCGCAGUGGGAAGAGAGGCCUCUAGAUCCACUGGACCUCUUGGGCCCUCUGGCUGGAGGCGGGAGCGAGGCUGGUGUGCUUGGUGCUUUCAAUGGCGUAUGGGGCGGGCUUAAGAGGGGCGAUGCAGGUGGCGGCUGGAUGGAGGACGUGUUUGGCGGGCUGGUGGGCGAGCAGAGGGCGAUGGGGUGCAGACAGGCGCUACUUGAAGUGAACGGUGUGGUGAGUUCACAUGAUGAGAAGCAGCAGCAGCAGCACUCAGCAGUUAUCCCGGGAGACUCACAGAAGGGCUUGUCUCCUGGGAGUUGUAUGGCUGGGAUGGCGAUGGGCGCUGGGUCAAGUGUGCACGGGGAGAACAGUUCAGAGAUGUUUGAGUCUGCUACUAGCGAGGAUGAGGAGUUCUUUGAUGCCGAGACGAGGAGGAGGUCCUGGGGGAGUGAGGGAAUUGAAGGGAUCGAAUGGAUGGAAGCGGUAGAAGGGAUGGAAGAAAUUCAGGAGGGCGAGGAGAGCUGGGGGGAGAGCGAGAUGAUGCAGCAGGCGAGAGCAGCAGCGGAUGGAUUGGGUGAGCUGAAGGAGUGCAGCGGGGAUGGUGAUGGGGUGAAUGCUCCUCUUCAGCCUUGCCAUGCAAGCUCAGAAGAGCCACAAUUUAGGGGAGUGGUGGGAGAGGGUUUAAGGAAGGACAGUGAUGAACAGGGGAGUGCGUUUGACGGCGAGGAAGGGGGAGUGGGGAGGUGCGAGGGGAAGAGGGAGAGGCAAGCAUGGGAGGAGAUUCUGGAUGCGACGAUUGCCAUGGGGCAGUGUGCUGGCGAGGAGCGGGGCGCGACUGUGGAGGAUGUUCCUAGCAACGCCUUCCUGACAUUGUUGCAGGCUGGCAGCGAGGAGAGGCGGACGGAGGACCAAAGGUGGAGCGUGGAGGGCGUUGGCGUUGAGGAUAAGGGGGAGGUUGUGAGAGGACAAGAGGGGACGGUAAUGGAUGGACAAUGGACGGGUACAGUGAGUGGUGAGGAGCAACUGGAAGCGGUGGUGGGAGAGGGAGAGGGGGGAGAUGAUGAAGAGGAUAAGGUUCAAGAAUUUCAGCAAGAGGAACUAGGGGAGGGGGGUGAGGAGGAGGAGGAGGAGGAGGAGGAGGAGGAGGAGGAGGAGGAGGAGGAGGAGGAGGAGGAGGAGGAGGAGGAGGAGGAGGAGGAGGAGGAGGAGGAGGAGGAGGAGGAGGAGGAGGAGGAGGAGGGAGAAGAGGAGGAGGUAGAAGAGGAAGAGGUAGAAGAGGAAGAGGUAGAAGAGGAAGAGGUAGAAGAGGUAGAAGAGGAAGAGGAGGAAGAAGGAGAGGAGGAGGAAGAAGAGGGAGAGGAGGAGGAAGAAGAGGGAGAGGAGGAGGAAGAAGAGGGAGAGGAAGGGGAAGAAGAGGGAGGAGAGGAGGAGGAAGAAGACGAAGAAGAGGAAGAGGAGGAAGAGGAGGAAGAAGAGGAGGACGAGGAAGAUAAAGAAGGGGAGGAAGCGGAAGAGGAGGAAGACGAGGAGGAAGUGGAAGAGGAGGAGAAUGACGAGGAGGAAGACGAGGAAGACGAGGAGGAUGGGGAGGAGGGUGAGAAAGACGAGGAAGAGGAGGACGAGGAAGGGGAGGAUGAUGAGGGAGAAUGUGAUGAGCAGUGCCACAAGCAUGAAGAUCCCAAUGGCAUGUCCUUGGUCCUGGAGCCAUCUUUACGGACUGAGUGGGAUGAGAGUGAGGAUGAUAAGAGCCUGCAAGCACUCGAGGUAGCAGCCAGGUGUGCAGCUUAUGAGGCAACCUUUAGGCUCAAGGUGCAGCAGGCAGAGCAUGAUGCCAGUGGUUGCAAGUUCACCUCAUUUGCGCCAGCUAGUGCAAGAUCGGCAGGCGUGCUGGUGAAAGGGUGCUGUGAUGAAGGUAAGAGGGAUGAGGAGCCUGGCACUGGAAAGGGGGUUGAGCCAGAAAGGGGAGGUCGUCAGGAACUGUCUGAUUCAGAGUCGGGCAAAAACACGAGCUCGGGUUCCUCAUCUGAUCAGAGUGAGGGACACACUUCAGAGGUUUCAGAUCUAUCUGGAGAGCAGGCUGACACCGAAAGCACUGGAGAUGAGGUGGAGGAGGACGAGCUGGAAAUGGCUUUCUUGUUCCGCCAGCUGCGGCUGUUUCAUGCAAGCCCAAGACCAACACCGACAAUGAAGCAGAGCCAUUGGUCUAUCUGGGAAAACGAUGAGCUGCCAUGGCGACCAGAGCUCCCCAUGAUAAUGGAAGUGCCUGGACUUGAAGCCCUUUGCGUUGCAGAGCAACAGCAGCAGUGA